AUGCUUAAACUUUCCAAAACAGGAAAAUUUGGUUUACUAGAAGAGUCAGUCUUUCGGUUGUUUAGAAUGGCUUCCCCAAUGACUAUAUUUAUGGUCAGUUAUGAGGAAAUAAUGGUCCCUCAUGCUUCAUCUCAAGAGGUGAGUCUUCAAAGGCUCGUUAUGGACUCAUCAAGUCGAAAAUUGCUAGAUUCAAAAGGGAGUCUUCCCGGUUUUCUUGAAGAGGGGAAUAAAGGUUCCCGUGAAGCAAAGUUUAUGUUGGAGGCUUCGUCUUCUAUUUCCCAGUCGGUCAUGAUGGAGCCCGAGGAAAAGAAAAUCACUCAUUCUAAGAAGUUGGAGGCUUUCCAAGAAGAGCGGUAUGAUUUAAACAAACAUCUGUUGAAUAUUUUCAAUGAUAGACUGGGAAAAGUUACCUUCAAGAAUGUUGUGGGUCAACUAGAUUUGCUUGUUCCUGAUCUCUGA